AUGCACAAACGUAUUAUGAAAAAGUGGUCCAGCGUCUUUGCGGAACUGUUGCUGCUGUUGGUUAAAAGCGUUUAUUACAUUGGCGAGUCCAUUUAUUACAUGUUCGUACCGUUGCUGGAAAAAUCGUUGGUCGACGACAUCGUUUUGAUCACAGGUACAGGACACGGAAUAGGGAAAUGUUUGGCGAUGCAGUUCGCUGACUUGUGCGCCAAAAUGGUGUGCGUCGACAUCAACGCGCAGUCGAACGCGGAGACCACAAAGGAAAUCAACUCUAAGUGGAAAGGAAAAGCUAUCGCUUACACAUGCGACGUGUCGACGUUGGAAAAAGUCAGAAAGCUUGGCGAGAAGGUCAAGAGCGAAGUUGGCACUGUUACCAUUCUGGUCAACAACGCAGGGAUAAUGCCAUGUAAACCUCUCGAGGCUCACGACGAAAUCACCAUAAAAAAAAUAUUCGAUAUCAACGUGUUUGCUUAUUUCUGGAUGCUCGAUACAUUUUUUCCCGAAAUGAAAGCGAUGAACAAAGGACAUUUAGUCGUCUUAUCGUCAAUGGCUGGUAUAAUUGGCUUGAAAAACUUAGUGCCUUACUGUGCGUCCAAAUUCGCAGUGAGAGGUUAG